AUGCAUCUCUCCCUGGACACCAUGAGCAUGGGGGACGACAGCUGCCUCUCCCCCAGCAACUUCCACGAGAUCGGGAAGGGCGGGGGGGGCGCGGCGGGGGGCCGCGUCCACAGCAUCGACGUCAUCCUGGGCUUCAGCAAGGACCAGGAGUCCCUGCUCAGCUCCACGGGGGGGGACCUGGGCCUCCACAGGCUGGCCGUGGAGGGCCUGGUGGAGGCGGUGAGGCUCCAGGAGCCCUCCUCCAACCACCUCCCCUACGGGGGCCACCUCUCCUCCCUGGGGGAGGGCAGCCCGGAGCAGCAGCAGCCCUACCACGACAUGGUCCUGCUGGGCACCAAGAGCGGCCGGGACCCCGGCGAGCUGAGGAGCAGCCUGGACAGCGAGGAGGACGCCGACGCCAAGUCCCCCGACCUCUGCAGGGACGAGCAGCCCAAGAAGAAGCACCGGCGCAACCGCACCACCUUCACCACCUACCAGCUGCACGAGCUGGAGCGCGCCUUCGAGAAGUCCCACUACCCCGACGUGUACAGCCGCGAGGAGCUGGCCAUGAAGGUCAACCUGCCGGAGGUCAGGGUGCAGGUGUGGUUCCAGAACCGCAGAGCAAAAUGGCGCCGGCAGGAGAAGAUGGACGCCAGCACCAUGAAGCUCCACGACUCGCCCAUGCUCUCCUUCAACCGGCCCCCGGCCAUGCACUCCAACAUGGGCCCCAUGAGCAGCUCCCUGCCCCUGGACCCCUGGCUGACGUCCCCUCUCACCAGCGCCACGCCCGUCCACACCAUCCCCGGCUUCAUGGGCCCCGGCCAGGGCCUCCAGACGGCGUACCAGGGGCCGCACAGCUUCCUCAACGCGCCUCCUCACCCUCCUCAUCCCCACUCCCACCCUCACUCCCACCCCCACGGCCACCCCUCCAUGGGCCAGGGGAUGCAGAGCAUGGGGCCCCCCCCGUACCAGUGCCCCGCGCCCUACUCUGAGAAGUACCCCCUGGAGGACGUGGACCAGCGGAGCUCCAGCAUCGCCGUGCUGAGGAUGAAGGCCAAGGAACACAUCCAGUCCAUGGACAAGACCUGGCAGCCCAUGUGA